CUAUUUCUUGAUUUUUCCCCUUUUUUAAAUAAAUAUUAGAUAGAUAGGUUAAGUUGGACAUAAUAAAUUGAGUGAGCUUCGAAUGAUAAAAAUGUUUUUAAGAAAAUUGAUUUUUUCGGAAAUCAGUUUAAGUCAUAGGAUAUUGAUUCGAGAUAAGUCAUCAUGGGAUUUAGUAACUGGAGUAUGUGUCGAAAGGCUCCCAGUAGUUACCCCACCACUUAAUGAUAUUCAAAAGAAGUUCAAAAAUAUGCUGGGGACACUUGAAAUUGAAAAAAGUCUCAAAUCUAACCACGAACUUAGAAAAGAGAAUGAUAAAGUUCAAGCAGAACUGCUUAAAAAUGAAUCAGCUGAUGUUGAUAUGGAUAUUGUCAGUAAAAUAACAGCUCAGGAUUUUGAAGAUGCAUCCAAAGAAGAAUUUGAUAGUUUCAAAUUUGGUGAUAUUGAGACAGAAGCAGAUAAAAAAGGUGAUAGAAGUACUCACAAUAGAUUUCUUCAAAGGCAUCUGGUGCUUGUCACUCAAGUUAAAUUAGGAAAUGAUAUCAAAACUAUUCUACCUCACGGAGUAUGGACAGAAGGAGAGACUUUAAGACAGACAGCUGAACGAACGCUUUUAGAAAACUGUGGUUCUGAUAUAAAAGUAAAAUUUUUAUCAAAUGCUCCUAGCGGUUACUAUAAAUAUAAAUAUCCUUCAGAAGUAAAUGGCAAAAUUGGUGCCAAGGUGUUUUUCUACUAUGCAAAUUAUCAAUCCGGUGAAAUCGAUAAGAAGUCAAAACCCAAUUGGUUAACAAGAAAAGAAUUGACUGAAAUGUUACCAGAAAAGUACAAUAAGUGUGUCCAAAGUUUCCUGAUCGAAGAAACAUUUUAGUUUAAUUCGAAUAAUUAGAAAUAAAAUUUAAAAUAAAUAUUAGUCAACAAACACAUCUUUUUUAUCCAAGCAAAAAAGUAGUAUUUACAUAAUCAUUAAAAAGUAUACAAGUCAUUACAUAGGGAAGAAGAGAGACCUCAGUGUGAA